UGGUCGUCAGGACAUACAAUUGACGGAUUGCCUUGAUACAGGCCGCCGCGCUUAUUGGAGGUAUCAACGACCGAAGCGACGACAUCGUCGACCCUUUCUUGGGCGCAGAGUACCAGCCUGUCAACCCAUCGGUCCGAGCACCAUUACCAAAGUCUCACUUUCACCAAAGAGUGCAACCGCAACCUUUCGCGGCGCAUCUGCAUCAGCAACAGCAGCCAUCGCUGCGGGCCAAGGAGCCAGUACAGCCACCGUCGCAUCUUGGUUUCCGACUCCAGCAGCAACCGCAAACAUCGCAGCAACAACAACAUCCCCAUACACCUACCCCCAUCUCCACAUUACUUGCGUUCAAAAAGCAAAUCAAAACCGAUGCUGCAACCGCAGUCGACUUGCCACUACCAACAUUACCUAUGUGCGCUCUGCCACAAACGGUGCUGCCGCCCACGGCAGGACCAGAAUACCCGGCAUCCACAUUCUCAUUUUUGGACGGUGACUUUGACCUGGCGCAAGAACUUGAAGCCAUCGAGUCGAUGAAACUCGACUCGGUCAACAACGAGUUGGAUGCUGCGAUGGACUUUUGGGGCGCUAGCCCUGAGGUUACGAUGAAGACGGAGUCUAUGGACAUGCAAGUAUUCGGUGGGUUGGAGGACAUGGGAAGCAUCGCACCUCAAGAGAUCUUCUGGUCGGAGGACAUGUCGACCAUGCCUGCCAUCACUAUUCCUAAGGACCCGCAGCCCAUGCCAAUAGUCCAGCAAGCACCACCACCGGUGGCGCCGGUUGUGAAGAAUACACGCGCAAACCCCUAUGUGCAUAAGGCAUGCGUGCACUGCAAGGCUUCACAUGUGGCUUGUAACAAUGCCAGGCCGUGUCAGAGAUGCGUACGUUCGGGCAAGGCCGACACCUGCGUCGACUCCGAGCGCAAAAAGCGUGGCCGCCCAGGUUCUUCCGCAACAUCAUCCUGCGCAGCCGACCACGUCGACAAUCAAGCAACAUCAUCCUCCUCACGACCAAAGAAGCGCUCAAAGCCCAGCCCUCCACCCACCCUCUCCGCCUCAGUCUCACCAACAGCCACACCAGCAAUGUCGACAACCACCGAAGCCGACUUUGCCCAGUUGUUCGACAUGCCGGCCGGAAACAUGCAAGGUCUCGUCCCUUUAAACCUCGAGCAAUCCUCCGACCUCUUUUUGGACCAAAACCUCAUGCAACAGCAAUUCAACACCCCUGAGGCGCUGGAAGCCGCCGUCGUGGCCGCUGCGCAAGCAAUGCUGGGAGGGCUCCAGCAACAACCUCAGCUACCGGAGAAUCUCUUUGCGAUGGAUGAUGCAUCCCAGCAAUUCACUUUUGGUUAUACGCACAAUCUUCUAGGAUAGUUCAGUGGAGGGAGUCGGUCAAGCUAGGCCGGUGCCUUCCUAUCUAUUUUUGUUUGUUGCCCAUCUGUUUCCCAAAAAUGUUUUUGAGCAUACAUGUGUUUCCAAUAUCACUGGAAGCUCGACCUGUAUCAAAAUAGCAGUCAGUAAG